AAUAUUAUUCCUUACCUUUAUGAAAUCAAAGAUCAUGUCAAGUAAAUGGGUUGGCACCCAAAAGACCAGCUUAAAAGAAAAGGUUGCCGACUACUUUGGGUACAAGCUCAAAGGAUCAGUAGUCGGGAAGAACAUUGUUGCUCCAGGACUCACUGGAAUAUCUACCUCUAGAUGUGGAAUAGGAUUGGCCCUCUUCCUUGGACUCAGUGCUAAGAAAUAUUCGGGGAAAAAUGAUGAAUAUUGUAAAUCUAGGUUUACUCAAUCAAAAUUCGAAUCUCUCAGUCUAGAUACUAAUGAAAGUUAUGAAGAUACAGUUUCAAAAGUAGGCCAAACUGUUCGAAGAUCUCAGGCUGAUUCAAUUGGUGAAGAUACCAUUGAAGAAAAAGAUUAUCUAAGCUAUUAUCUUUCACCUAUUUCUAAAAUUAACAAAGAGAACUAUGGAACUUAUACACAAAGAUGAUCCCCAAUCUUUAAGAAGAUCAAAUACAAUCCUCGGAUGGUAGACUCAGCAGAUUUAAACUCCUUCGACAAGAUUAUUAAAGGGCAAAAUAAAUACGGCCUUGGUAUGACUAUCUUACUCGGACUAUUUCCAGUGAGCAUGUACUCUAAAUCUCUAACAAUUUCAUCUAAAAAUAAAAUAUUUGCAUUUGGUAUCAUGUGUUUGGUACUAAAUAUGGCAGUGCUGACUUAUUACAAUACAAAGUUCAAGAGCUUCCUGGAACAUUUGGAUAAGAAGUACUUCUAUGGUCAGACUCUUGAAGAGCUGCAAGAUGACUCCUUUAAAAAGAUUAAUCAGCCAAAAGCCAUCUCCUUUCACACUCAUCCUCAACCUCUAGAGGUGAGAAUCCAAAAAUUGAAGGCCUGGAAGAUGCUCAACAGAGUUGACUAGCUCUCUCCAUUCAAAAGCAUUCUUAUGCAUUACUUAAUUUCUUUACAAUCAUUUUUAACGUUUCUAGGGAAACAAAGAAGUGAGACUUCUUCUUUUCUUUAAAGGUCUCUUACUUUAUUCUUUUCUAAACAUCUGUACUUUCUUUCUGUUACUCCUUAAAUUAAACUACUUCACGGAAUCAGAAAUCAUGAAUUUUGUACAAAUAACUCAACUAUCAAAAGUAUGGUUACAUUAACCGUAUUAAAGGCAAUCUUAAUAUAAAAAUAUUAUGAUUGGCUUACCCUAUAGCCUCACCAAUAAGCAAUAAGAUUUUGGAUAAAUAAAAUUAUAUCAC